AGGCUCUAUCGAAAAUUCCAAUAUACCGCCAAACAACUGUGAAGCCUCCGAGUCCCUUGCACAUCGCUCACCAGGUCGCUACAAUGCCUAGAAAACAGAUUCCGAUCGCGAAUCCCCCUCCUCUGCCGUCUCACCUCCCAGACAGCGUGCUGGAGCUGGCGGUGCAGCCCGAGAAGAAGCCGCUGCAAGAUGACGUCCGACAGUCAUUGAGAAGCUUCCAGCGGGCGGCAGAGUACAUCACAGCAGCGAUGAUAUUCCUCCGGGACAAUGUCCUUCUUGACUCCGAACUGAAGAUGGAAAAUAUCAAGCCCCGUCUCUUAGGCCACUGGGGAACAUGUCCGGGUCUCAUCUUAGUGUGGUCCCACCUCAACCUGCUCAUCCGCAACCACGACCUCGACAUGAUCUAUGUUAUUGGUCCAGGGCACGGUGCGCCGGGCGCCUUGGCUGCGUUGUGGCUCGAGGGCUCUCUGGAGAAGUUCUACCCUGGCCAGUACGACAGGAAUGCGGAAGGGUUGCGAAACUUGAUCACCAGAUUCUCCGUUCCCGGGGGCUUUCCAAGCCACAUCAACGCCCAGACUCCCGGAUCCAUCCACGAGGGCGGCGAGCUGGGGUAUGCGCUGGCCGUAUCCUUCGGUGCAGUCAUGGAUAAUCCAGACCUCAUCGUCACUUGCAUCGUUGGCGACGGGGAGGCCGAGACGGGGCCGACUGCUACGGCCUGGCACGCCAUCAAGUACCUUGACCCGGCCGAAUCGGGGGCCGUCAUUCCCAUUCUCCAUGCCAACGGGUUCAAGAUCAGCGAACGGACCAUAUUCGGCUGUAUGGACGACAAAGAGAUUGUUUGCUUGUUCAGCGGCUACGGCUAUCAAGUCCGCAUAGUGGAAGAUCUGGAAGACAUCGACGACGAGCUGCAGAACGCCCUUGAGUGGGCCGUAGCUGAGAUCAAGAAGAUUCAGCAAGCGGCGCGGUCGGGGAAGCCGAUAGAGAAGCCACGAUGGCCAAUGAUAGUGUUAAGGACGCCGAAGGGUUGGACUGGGCCCAAGGAGGUUGAGGGCAACCUCAUCGAAGGAUCCUUUCAUGCUCAUCAGGUUCCUUUGCCCAAGGCCAACAGCGACCCAACACAGCUCAAAGCGCUCGACAACUGGCUGUCGAGCUACAAAAUCGGCGAGCUCCUCAAGGACGGGAAGCCGACCGAGACCGUUCUCGCCCUUUUGCCUCGCAAGGACGGGAAGAAACUCGGUCAGCUCAAGGCGACAUACGCCCCUUUCAUUGGCCUUAAGGCCGUCGACUGGCAACCGUUUGGCGUCGAGAAGGGCAGCGAGGAGAGUUGCAUGAAGGUCACCGGCAAGUUCCUCGACAAGGUCUUCCAGGAGAACCCCAAGACGAUCAGACUCUUCUCGCCUGACGAGCUGGAGAGCAACAAGCUCGACGCUGUGCUCGACCAUUCGCAACGCAACUUCCAGUGGGACCAGUACUCGCGAGCCAACGGUGGGCGCGUGAUUGAGGUGCUCUCGGAGCACAAUUGCCAGGGCUUCAUGCAAGGGUACACACUGACGGGCCGGACCGCUAUCUUCCCGAGCUAUGAGUCAUUCCUGGGCAUCGUGCACACCAUGAUGGUUCAGUACUCCAAGUUCGUCAAAAUCGGAUGUGAGGUCAAGUGGCGCGGCGACCUGCCGUCGAUCAACUAUAUCGAGACGAGCACGUGGACUCGGCAAGAGCACAAUGGGUUCUCGCACCAGAACCCGUCGUUUAUCGGUGCAGUCUUGAACAUCAAGCCUAGGGCAGCUAGGGUAAGCAUAUCUCUCCUCCCUCCCGGCCUCCCUUCUGCAGCCUGCCACCGUGUCUUACACUCUUGCUCACACUGCCGACUCCUGGUGCAGGUCUAUCUCCCCCCGGACGCGAACUGCUUCCUCAGCACCGUCCACCACUGCCUCCAGUCACGCAAUAAGACCAAUCUCAUCAUCGGUUCCAAGCAGCCCACGGCAGUGUACCUGUCACCCGAGGAAGCGGCCGAGCAUUGCCGCCGCGGCGCCUCCAUUUGGUCUUUCGCCUCGUCCCCUCCCGACCCGUCCCGGCAGGCGCAGGAAGAUGAGCCGGACGUUGUGCUGGUCGGCAUCGGCGUCGAGGUGACCUUUGAGACGGUCAAGGCGGCCGAGCUACUGCGAGCCCUGUGCCCGCGGCUGCGCGUCCGCGUCGUCAACGUGACGGACCUGAUGAUCCUGGCGCCCGAGGCUCGGCACCCGCACGCGCUGAGCCGCGAUGCCUUUGUCGACCUCUUCACGGCCGACCGCCCCGUGCUGUUCAACUACCACGGCUACGCCACCGAGCUACAGGGCCUGCUGUUUUGUCACCCCGGCACCGCACGCAUGAGCAUCGCCGGGUACCGCGAGGAGGGCAGCACGACAACGCCGUUUGACAUGAUGCUCGUCAAUAGGGUGAGCCGGUUCGACCUGGCAAGGAAGGCGCUGCAGGUCGCUGCAGAGAGGAACGCGGAGGUGAGGGAAAAGGCUGAAGCGCUAAUUAAGGAUAUGGAUGCACGGGUGGAUGAGGUCAAACGGUUCAUUGUCCAACAUGGGAAGGAUCCCGACGACAUCUACAAGCCACCCAAGUUUGAUCACAACUAAGCCGCUGCAAGGAGAGGGUCCGGCCCGAAACCGGGGUGGCGCUGGGUGAUGGGUGCCGUGUGACUUGUCCUGUGAGACGCCCGCGUCUUGAUGAUGGGGCGGUCGGGGAUUCUCGGAGAUGGCCAGGAGUACCUGAACUUAACCGUAUCCCUGCGAUGCCAAAAUUAGUAUGGUGUAAUUAAUUAUAUGAUACAUGCUUCCUGCAUUUGCGGUAAUAGCCUUGCCUUCUCCUCGGGAGAUGACUGGCUCAUUGGCUAGAUAUUGUGCGCAUGCUGAACCCUGUUAAUAGCUCGGCUGCGAGACAUUUGUGGUUGAACUGUUCAACCGUCCAUCGAUGUCCUGGGCGAGGCGCUUUUUGUCAUGCGACUUGCUGCAGAACAGAUUCGAUUCCAUGAAGGUCGCUCUGCCUUCUCACCUCCACCUGGCUGAAUCACUUCUGGCACGUGGAUUGAUUAAUCCACAGCGAAAGACCUGUUGAGGCAGCCCAAACCGCAUCACCAUUUCCGAGUACUAACGUGAACUCCCGACAACCCUCAUGGCCACUCA